AGAACCAUAUACUUGAGAAAAACAGUUACAAGUUCUAGAAGCUUUUGAAUUUUUGCUAUAUUAUAUUAGCUAUUUAAUAUCAAUGGAUGGAUAUUACAAUGAAACUUCUGAAGAACCUUCUUCUUCUUCUUCUUCUGGAAGUUUAGCUAGAAGCUUGUUCCAUGAGUAUCGCCAAUCCGUUAUCCCACUCCAAAAUGGGCAUGUACCAAGCAUGGCGUUCAUGAACAAUCUUCCAUACGUAGAAAUUCGACCACAAGAGAUUCAAAGACUUGCUUUUAACGACGCUCAACGUCUAUUCUAUCAGGAAGCCAGGAUUCAGACGGUGGUAUUCAUGGGUUGCCGGAGCGGCGAGAUCGAACUCGGAAUGACAUAUGAUGCUACAAAUAUGAAAAUAGAAGCAAGUCUUCGAGAAUGGUUCCCUGAAGAUUUCAAUAGAAAGUCUUCUCCGGUAAACUCCGACUAUCUUCGGCCACCGCAUCAUCCAUCUUCAUCUUCUUCUUCUCUUAGUCCCAACAACGUCUCUGAAUAUUCCUCUCUUUUAUUCCCACUCAUCCCUAAACCUUCAACGACGACUGAACCCGUUAACGUUCCGGUACUUCCACCCUUAGCUCCGGUCAAUAUGAUCCAUCUACAACAACAAGAGCCUUUGUUCCGAAACCGUGAACGUGAGGAAGAAGCAAUGACAAAAGCUAUCUUAGCGGUUUUAACGGGGCCAUCAAGUCCUCCGUCUACUUCUUCCUCGCCGCAGCAUAAAGGAAGAGCCGCCACCGCUUUUAAGAGAUAUUACUCCAUGAUUAGUGGUCGCGGUAGAGCGCCGCUACCGAGUGUACGGAAGCAAAGUAUGAUGAAAAGAGCGAUUUCCUUCUACAAUAGGCUUAACAUUUACCAGAGAGAACGUUUUACUAGGGAAAACGCUACUACACACGGCGAAGGAAGCGGUGGAAGCAGCGGGGGUGGACGUUAUACCAGCGGGCCAAGCGCAACGCAAUUGCAUCAUAUGAUAUCGGAGAGGAGACGGCGAGAGAAGCUUAACGAGAGCUUUCAAGCAUUGAGAUCUCUCCUUCCUCCGGGAACUAAGAAAGAUAAAGCAUCGGUCCUCUCCAUUGCAAGAGAGCAACUAUCUUCUUUGCAAGGCGAGAUUUCGAAACUACUAGAAAGAAACCGGAAGCUAGAGGCGAAGCUAGCCGGAGAAAGAGAUAUUAAAAAUGAUUUACUACCCAAUGAGAGGUUUAACGUUCAUAUAAGUCAUAUAUCCGAAUCAACAUCAAGAGAGAGGAUUUUGGAUCUCAGAGUUGUUCUAAGAGGAGACAGCAUUAGGGUUGAUGAUUUGAUGAUAAGACUUCUUGAAUUCUUGAAGCAAAUCAACAAUGUGAGCUUAGUAUCAAUUCAAGCUCGAACUCGAGAUAGGGAUACUUCGGUUGUUCUUGUGAGCUUAAGGCUCAAGAUUGAGGGUGAAUGGGACGAAUCAGCCUUCCAAGAAGCAGUCAGAAGGGUUGUUGCUGACUUGGCUCACUGACAACAUGUUUGAUUAUAUUCUUCUUUUACGAUUACAAAAUUAAUAUUUGAUUAUUGA